AUGAAUGCUCCAUUGCGUACUUUAGGUAGAGACGGCCCCCAAGUCUCUCCCGUCGGCCUCGGCUUCGGGAGUGUCAGUGGAUUCUACGGACCAGCUGGUACCAUCGACGAGAGAGUGGCUCUUCUGUCGCAUGCACAUUCUGCAGGACUACGCUUCUGGGACCUGGCUGACAUAUAUGGCCGCUCUGAGGAUAUCGCUGGUGAAUGGUUCAAGCGAUCUGGUAAGCGAGAUGACAUAUUCCUGGCCACCAAGUUUGCGCUCCAGCAAAAGGAAGGAGGAGGCUACACUUUUCGGUCGGAUCCCGAAUACGUUAAGGCUGCAUGUGAAAAGAGCCUCCGAAGACUCGGGGUAGACGUUAUUGAUCUCUACUACUGCCAUCGGGUAGAUGGGGUCACACCCAUUGAGAAGACCGUCGAAGCUAUGGCAGAGCUGAAGAAAGAGGGGAAAAUCCGUCAUCUCGGCCUAUCCGAGGUCUCGGCAGCUACACUACGUCGAGCGCAUGCCGUUCAUCCUAUUUCCGCUCUGCAAAUGGAAUACAGUCUCUUUACACUAGACAUCGAAUCUUCGGAAAUCCUGGAAACCUGUCGCGAGCUGGGUGUGACUGUCGUGGCCUUCAGCCCUAUUGGACGUGGUAUCCUGACCGGACAGUUCCGAUCUUACACAGACAUCCCUGAAGGUGACUGGCGCCGUUUGUACCCAAAGUACUCGGAGGAAAACUUUCCGAGCAUUCUAAAGCUAUUGCAGACAUUGGAAAAGGUUGCUAGUACUCAUCAAAGCACCAUAGCACAGGUGGCUCUUGCGUGGCUCCUCGCGCAAGGUCCAGAUAUCAUCCCUAUCCCAGGUACAAAGUCCCCCGCCAGAAUGGACGAAAAUGCGGCCUCUGCAGUUCUUCAUUUGAGUGACCAGGAAAUGCAAGAGAUUCGGUCUCUAGUGGAGAAUAUUCAAAUUCACGGUGAUCGGUACCCUGCAGCGUGGGUAUCACUUUCAUUGAUUUUUGGGCCCAGAGUGCUGACCAGCCAGAUAGAGCGAUGGCUACUCUCCGCACCGAUACCCCGAAACUAUAGGGAAAUGUUGGAAGGUCACGUGACCAGCACUGUUUGCUCCCAGUUCGACUUCCGCAAAGCUUGCAAAUCCCGAAACCCGACCCGACUCGACCCUUGA